AGUUAACCACUGCCUAAAUUUUGUUUUAGGAAAUCCAAUUUUCAUAUGACUUGGUGUUUCUUGUCCUACCCUACAAGGGUUUGUGUUUGUGUCUGAUAUAUAAUCACACGUACGUACAUUCCUCUUUUAUUUUGCAUGCUGGUGUCGGUUGUCCCAUGUCUUUGGGGAAGUCUUCUGGUUUCAGUUUUUUUUUUUUGGUGGUGAAGAACUGGAAUUCAUAAAACCAGAGCGCAAAUAACACGCCAAACUUACAAGAAAACCAGUAUCCAACUUGAAAGGACCACCAGCAAACGGCAAAUUGGAAAGUAAAAACGGCGUCGCGUUAGGAAGCAGAACACCGUCAGGCUGUCCAACUCUAAUCAGGAAGCUUAUUUAAGCUUAUUUCCACCGCAAUAAUUUGUGGUUUCUCUCUGCCUCCCUGUUUUUGGCUUUCUUUUUAGUUUAAUAUAUUCUUGAGUUUGCCAAAUUUAAGGCAUCAAUGGCGCCUCUCACAAGGUCAAUGAAGAAGAAAGCCGCAAACAGCAAGAGUCGCAUCAUGCAAUCCCUUCCGAAGGAGCUUUUGGUAGAAGUUCUUGCAAAGGUGGCUUCGAAUUCUUUCAACGAUCUCUACUCGGCAAAGUUAAGCUGCAAGGACUUCAACAAAAUGGCUGAAGAAGACUACAUAUUCCAGUGCAUUGACAUCAGCAAAUUCCCAUUGGUUUCUUGGAGGUUUGACGACAAAUUCUCCAAGUUUCUGAAACACUGCAAAAAGUGCGGCAACGCGGAGGCCUUGUACCGACAAGGGCUUCGCGAUCUUUUCAGAGGCAAGAGGGUGCAACAAGGAAUCAUGUGUCUGAAGAAAGCAGCCUCGAAGGGUCAUGUAGAAGCGACGUAUGUUUACGGCGCCAUCUUGGUGUGUUUCGGGGGAGAGUCGAAGCAGGAAGGCCUGGAGCUUCUGUAUUCUCUCAAUCAUUACAAACCGAAAGGAUUCAGCGUAAGAGAAUGCAGGGAGAAGGUUAAGGGACUUGUUUGGAACAUGUGGGCUGACAGGAAGGUGGUGGGUAAAAUUGUACAAGCCCGCCAUGAGACUGCCAUUGCGAAAACAUGCAGCGAUUGUGGAAAUAGACAGGAGGUUUUCACAGUCGAGCGAGGAUGGGAUCCUCUUGAUCAUGAAAAUUUCAGCAGCUGCAAUACCUGCAGGUGGCAUCAAGAAGUUAAUAUUUUCCGUGAUAUAUUAAACGACAGUUGCACCCCUCUGUAUUGAAUGGAUUGAUGUGUAUAGAUAGGAUGCGUAAGGGCAACAUUUGAUGUGUAUCCACACGACUUUCUCUUUUGCAAGCUAAUGUUUUUGAAAGGGCAACAUUUGCCCACAUGGCAUUCUAAAUUAUUAGGGAUAUAUUGUAAACUUGAGAUAAUCAGCAAGCUCAUCUGCAAGCUAUUUGAUCAAUUUAAAACUCACCAACGUUUGAAUGUAUGAUUCUCCCAAUUUCUAUACCAUUUCCUAAGUUAACGUAUAAAUGACAAUACCAGUUUUUUAUGUCAACAUAUGAAUCUUUACAAGCAAUUAACAGCCCACAAGAUAUAAUAAGCAAAGGUAGAGGGUAGUAGCUUAAUUGGUGCCACAGGCAAAUGCAGGCACAAACAACAGAUCUGAAUCGCCAACUACAAAUCUUUAGUCACAAGCUCUCAAAACAUAUACUGCCCUGGAUUUCAAUCAUCAUGCAUUACCAGUGUAAAUAGUGCCGUAAAGCAGAGAAAUAUAUCUAAAAUACUCCAAGGAGUAAAAGUUUCACUACUUCGCCGUCAAAAGAACAGCCCAAUUCAAGAACACCAAAAAGUUGGGAGCUAGUUGCAACAUUCAAUACUAAUUGGAAAAGAAAAACGCUCGACAUCAUAUAUUUUGGUUCACUAAAACAACAC